AUGUUGCAGACCAUCUUGCGUGGAGGCACCUUACCUGCAGAACUCAAUUUUCCCACUUGCACUGGGCAAGAGCUGGAGAUGGCCUUUGCCAAGUGUGUCCCCAUGUGGGAAAAGAACAAGGAGAAGGACAUUGACGAGCUGGUCCAAAGCAUUCAAGAGAAGAGCUGGUCCACCAUGGAUGUGGAUGAGCGAUGUCGUCGAUUGGCUGGCACCAGGGUGCGCCCCAUUAACGCACAACGGGCCAUGCUGGGGACAGGCUCCAAGGGCUUCCAGGCUUCCAGGUUGCAGCGGGUGAUGCGCUCGGAGCGUGGCGAAAUUGCUGCGCUGCUGGUGCCCAAGUCCUACGUCUCAGAGGCUCUAAAGGUCUUGAAUGCCUGGGAGCCGCGCUGGGGCAAGCUGCUCUUGGCCAAGACGCCACCCUUGCGAGGCCAUUUUGUCCCACCGGACGGCGAUAACCCGCAACGUUGGAUGUCAAGCCCCAGAGCCACAAGGUGUUUCUACACCCAACCAGAUGAGAAGUCCGAUGUCCAUGCAGUGCAAUGCUGUGUCUACCAAGUGGACUACCGGGAUUCCUCGGAGCAAGCCUUGAGGGCCAUUGAGCUGCCGACUCCCCUGGAUCUGAAGAUGAAGAACUUGCUAGAGACUCAUCCUGAUCCAGGAGACCCCGCACUGCGGCAGCUCUUGGAGGUGGCCCAGCUGGAGCCCCAUUUCCAGCCGCUGCCUGAACCGGAUGAUCUUCAUCCAUGUCCUCCAGCGGUCUCGAGGGUAGGCCCCAUGGCACCCUUGCCUGCACAACAGGAGUCCAGCAUGGAACCUGAACUCAUGAAGCUCUACCAGCAGAUCCAAACCCAAAAGGACGCCCAGCCGUGCCGAGCUGAAGCUCGUGGCGCCUUUCGCUUCGCGGAGCUCUUCGCAGGGAUCGGGGGAUUUCGGUUGGCCCUGGAGCGGUUGGGAGGAGAGUGUGUUUUUGCCUCGGAACUGCACCCCACGGCGCGGGCCAUCUAUUUGGAGAACUGGCCAUCUGCCCAGUUGGAGGGCGACAUCCGGCUGGUGCCAGCAGAAGAGGUGCCAGACCAUGAGCUGCUGGUGGGUGGCUUCCCUUGUCAGCCUUUCUCCACCCUGGGCGAGCAGGGCGGUUUGGCGGAUCAGCGUGGCCGCCUCUUUCUGCAGAUCUGUCGGAUCCUGCGGAGCCGAAAGCCAUUCGCCGCAUUGCUGGAGAAUGCGCCAGGAAUCCUAAACUGUGACGAUGGUCGCGUCAUGGCAGAGGUUCUGCAGGGCUUGGAGGAGUCAGGAUAUCGUGUGGCGCACCGAGUCAUUGAUUCUUCAUCCAUUCUGCCACAGAAGCGCCGGAGAGUUUACUUUGUCGCUAUCCGCAUGGACUUGCCGGCGUGUGAAAGAUUUCGCUUCCCGUGGCUUCCACAGCUGAAAAGGGCCCUGGAGGAGGUGCUUGAGCCAAUCACUGAAGAACAGAAGGGAUACCUCACUGUCUCCGAGAAGUAUUGGUCCAAGCUGGUGACUUCGCAGGUCUACCUGGAGAAACCCAGUGAUAUCGUGGCAGUGUUGGAGGAGCCUGCGGCACCGCUGAUCAGUGGAUAUGGUUCAACCAGGAGUGCGGGCCCUUUUGCAGCUGUCACGCAGUUUGUGCCACAAGGUGAGGAGCGUCCACGGAUGCUUUCACAACGAGAAUGUGCUCGACUUCAAGGCUUUCCUGAGUCCUACCGUUUGGAGCACUGCGAUGACAAACACAUGGCCUGGUACCGUGCCAUCGGCAACGCCGUCAGCGUCCCCAUGAUUUCGGCCGUGGCACAGGCCCUGUUGGAUGCCUUGGAGUUGCUGCCCCGGGCCGUGCCGUCCAUGGCAGGCACCAGAGCUUCUUUGCUUUGUCUUCUGGAUGCUUGUCCAGCUGACCGGAAGAACGCUUUGCUGAGGAAGGAAAUCCAGCUCCUUCCAAGCUUGUGCACGGCCAACGUUGCUGCACUGCUGGCUGCGCUUGAAUGUCCGGGUGAGGAACGAGGGCAUGUGCCGCCCGAGAUCCACCCCGCCAAGCGCUGGCAACGUCGCGAAGUGAAGGCCCAAGCCACAGCACCUCCCACAACGCAGCCUGCCAGCAACCCCGCAGGGUAUCCACCAGCAGCAGCGGUGUCAACAGUGCCAGCACCACCAGCACCACCAGCACCACCAGCACCACCGGUGCCGGAAGCGGUGACGGCACGGCACAAACCGCCGGAUAAAUGCCCCAUCUGUUUGGAGGGCUUUGAAGCCGCCGGCGCCAUGCCCCGGACCUGCAGGAAGUGCCAGAACAAUUUUCACCAAGCGUGUCUGGCAGAAUGGGCCAAGAAAGAGCAACAGAUCAAAUGGGAGCAGAAGCCAUGGAUGUUGCCAUCACAAUUCGACUCGGGCACCUGUCCGUGCUGUCGUUCCUCCAAGGGACACGACAAGUCAAGGAGGGCGCGUGUCGCGAACCAAAGCAAACUGCUGGGAGUGGUUCCAGGGGCCAGGAUUGGGACCAAGAUGCGCCGUGGCAUCCUGACGCAGGAGGUGCGCCUUGCAGGGCCCGAUGGGUGCCAUGCAAAAGGCAUCGUUGAAGGCACCCAGGAGAACGGUUUCCGAAACAGCGUCGCCGGCCCAGUGCGGCUCCGAAUUCAGAAAAAAUCGGGCACUCGCGCGUGCCUUGCUCCAAGAGCCAUGGCGCGGCGGCCAGAUGACACACGAGGAUCCCUGAUCUUUCAAGAGGGAAAGUGCAUUGAGGGAGAUUACUACAUCGUUGCCGUGUACGAUGAUCCAGCGACCUGUACCAUUUCGUUCUCAGCGUACGAGCUGGAGAAUGAUUGCACCUACACCUAUCCGCUGACCUACAGUCAAUUUGAUGCACUCUUCCAGUAUGACUCGGAGUUGAUGAAUCCGUCCAACCAGGAUGGCCGUUUCCAUUGGGUCAUCGAGCGCUUGGACUUCGUGCAGGAUAAGCGGGGGCAGAAAGUCCUCUGCCUGGGCGAAGAGGCAACGGCGGAAGUGGAGGAUGAAGGAGAUUUGGUGCAAGAGAAGCCGAAAGCAACCUCUGCUGUGCCGGCGAAUGUUGGAGGCAAAAUUGACGGUGCGACCCGAGCGAAAUUGCUGAAGGAAUUGGAUACCCACGAUGAUGCGAAACUCCACGCGGCCCUUGUCAAAAGCGAAGGCGCACGGAAGCGCUUCAUCGCUGAGCUCCACGCCAAGCGCAACUUGGAGCAGCUCAAGGCCUCCCAAAGACUUCAGAAGGCAGAUGAGGACAGGGAAGCCCGACUUGCAAAGUUAGAGCUGAUCAAGAAACAGCAACACGCCCGUGCUGAAGCCCACAAAGCCUCAGAAGAAGCCAAGAAAAGCACCAUGGCACAGCUCGAGGUGCUGAUGAAGCAAAAGGAGGCCCAAGCGAUUCGUCGUUUGAUCCAAGAGAAGGAUGCACAAGAUCGUGGUAUGGGCCGUGAGAAGGACGCAGCACGUCAGCGGCGUAAGAUGCAGGAGCGUUCCGCCGCUGAAGUGAGAGCCAUUGAAGAGGAACGUGCGCAGCAGCUGGCUCGAAAGCGUGAUGAGCAGGUCGAGAAACGGCGAGCGUUGUUCCUGAAGAAGAACCGUCAAAUUGCUGAAGUCCUUCGAGACGAAAAGAUGAAGGAACGAGAAUAUCAGGCCAGACUUCGAGAAGCGAAGGAUCUGAUUAUCCAGGAGGUCUGGAAGACGAAAGCACAGGAAAGAUUGGCACGUGAAGAAAAAGAACGCGAAUUUCAACGCUUGGAGGAGAUCCGAGAGAAGGUCACGGUGGAGCGCGAACGGCGCAGGGCCAUGGACGAGCUGAAGCAGAUCUCAGCCAUUCGCAAACAUGCUGAAGAAGAGAAGGAGUCCACCAUCAAACGACGAGAGAAGAUGCGAAAGGAGCACCUCUUGGAUUUGAAAGUGGAGGCAAGCAACAGGGCUCAGCAAGCCCGGGAGCAAGCUCGUCGCACUGACCGUAGAGAGCAGAAAAUCCAGGAACGGGAAGAAGCACGUCUCCGGCGCUUCCGUGAAUCGCAAUUUAUGGACAGCAUGCGUGCCACACGAAGCUUCAUGAAGGAGGGAGAAGGCGAAGAGGGCAACAUGUUGGAGGGUGGGGCCAGCCCCACAGCCGAAGACGAGGACAUGCAGCGCAAGGGCUUUGAGGCCGAGGAACGCCGGAAGCGGCAGAUGGAGCGCGAUGAGAAGCUGAAACGCGAAGCGGAGAAGCGAGGCAAGAUGCAGCAGUUGAGCGGCAAGAAUCCCAACCUGGCAGAGUCGAACAGGAUUAAGGAAUGGCGUGCCGAAGAUGAAGCCAAGAAGAAGAAACUCGAGGACGCGCGUUUGAAGCGCGAGCUGCAGCGUGAACAGGCCCUGCGGGACCUGCACGAAGCCGCUGCCAAGCGUGAGGAGAAGUGGACGCGGCUGGAGGUAAUUCGCACUGAGCGGGAAGCUGAACGUGAAGCCAAUCGUCAAAAGGCGCUUUUCGGUGAGGAGAGCGGAUAG